AUGUACGCUAAGAUUCUUGGCAUUGCCGAGGAAACACGGCCUGAGGAUGUUCCGGACGAUGUGAAGAUGGUGACCCUCCCCUGUGUGUGGUCUUUGGCCCUGAGCAGCAACAGCAAAUUAGAGGUUAAUUCCUGGUUCAACCUACGGUUGAGGAACUAUCUUAGAUUCCUCAGCAAGAGCCUAAUCAGCUCCACCGAAGUGCAGAAUGCUUCAUGUCUUGCCUUCCAGAAACUGGUCUCUGUAAUGGGAAAUAAUUUCACAUACAACAGCUCUGAGUUUGGAAAGGGUGAUGUAUACACCACCAUCAGGACCUACUUGAGACCUGUUUCCAUAGGCUCUGGAGCCAGGUGCUACAAUGCCAGUGAUGCAGAACUAAACUCAACCUCCUGGUUUGUCAAUUACAUUGGCAACUUUGUGACAUUCAUCACUGUGGACGAUCUUACCACCUUUGUCUCCACCAGUCAAAAUAAAGUGUUCUUUGUGGACCAAGCCAACCUGGAGCUCUUUGACAACACAGCAAUCCCAAAAAAUGUAACCAACUAUUACACCUCACAGCUUUUUGAAUUCAACCCAACCUUCAACCCUGUGAAGCUUCCAGGCUUUUUCCUGUGCUCUUCUGAGGUCCCAAAGUUAGCAUAUUCUUCUGUGAAUGAAGCUGAUACCACACUCAUCUUGAAGGAGUUGAAUAAAUUCUGCAACGGAACAGAGGACCCUGAGGUGUCUGCUGCUCUGGCAUCCAACAUCCAGACCAUCACAGCAGAGACAUUUGCAACUCUUGGCAAUGUCAGUGCAAGCCUGACUAAGAGCCAGAUCACUUCAGUUGCUCCGUCACUGCUGGUUUCCUCUUUAUCCACCCUGAGCACAGUUACCACCUGGAACCAAGAGCAAGCCACCGUAAUCAUCCAAACAAUGACUGCAGCAGGCCUCCAGAUCAACACUGCAUCCUCCCUGGAAGCCCUUGGCUUACUUGUUACUGGAGUUCUGUCAAAGUCAAUAGAAAACAUUCCUGCUUCUGAGCUGCUCAGCAUCUCCCAGAGCACCACCUUUGUUUCCAGCAUGCUGGCAGCCCCAACAGUUGUACAACAGACCUUCGUCAAAAAGAUCAUAUCCGUGGACCCAAGUCCACCCAAAGUGGUGCUGAAUGUCCCUGAUGAUAUGGCAACUGAGAUCCCACCAUCCCUGCUGGUAUUUUCUGAGGAGAUGGUGAAUAUCAGUGUGAUCAACAGAAAGAAAUGGACGCCAGAUCAGGCUGCCAUGUUCUUCGGGACACUGGCUAAAACAAACUUUGACAUUGAGCAGCUUUCUCCUUCUGUGCUGCAAGGCUUCACAUGUACGUCAGUACAGAGAAUGACAACAAGCAGGGUCCAGACCCUGAUCCAUGCCAGCAGACCAAGGAGAGACAGGGCCAAGGUAGAACUGAAGGAACCACAGCUGACUUGCAUGUACAACCUACUCAAUGGAAACAUCUCCCAGAACUUCACAGAUUAUCCCUCAGACAUGCUUCUCUACUUGAACAACAAAGAUGUCCAGAGAGCCAACUGCACAUCAUACUUUUCCGCAUUGGGUGCUGCAGACUUCUCUGUGGCCUCCAGUGUUUUGAACAAGGAGUCGCUGCUGCUCAGUGAAGCCAGGACCUGCUUGGGCAUAAAUGGCAUCAGUCUGAGCAAAGACAAUGUGGAAGUCCUUGGGAACAUGGCCUGUACUCUGAACAGCUCUUACAUCCAGAACGCUGAUCCUCUCAUCUUGGAGAAACUCAAAGCCUGCAAAGACUUCACUGAUAGCCAGGUGGCUGCCAUGGAGACGCUGCUGCUGUCUGGGAAAACACCUUACGGAAAUGCCACCACCUGGAACCAGCAAACACUGGAGAACCUUGGGAUCCUUCCUCUAUAUUUGACACGAAACAUCUGGGGACAGUUCAAAACUACAACAAAGAGAAGCUUCCUUAAGACCUUUAUGUCUCACCUGAGGAACACGAAGACAGAGAAGCAGAAACUCAAGGAGCUGUUUAAAGAGAUCAGUGCCCUCAAGAUAAAACGAGGAGCAGGCUGCACCGUGGGCAACAUCACCCAAGUGAUAGUUAGCGACUCUUCCUUCCCCUUUGGCUACGACCAGACGCAAUUUGACCUCUGCCUGGAUGUCCCUGUUCUGAAGGACAACCUCAACUCUAUCUGCGAGAAAGUGGAUGAUGAUGACCUCCAGAAAAUCAUUCUGAAGAAACUCAACCAGGCAUUCCCAUCAGGUGUUUCUGAUAAUGAAGUCCAAGUGCUCGGUUCGGUGUCACGUGUGGCCUCACUUGCGGACAUCUCCAAGUGGAGCAUCAUCAGAAUUGACACCCUGGCAUCUCUCAUGAAAGCAGAGGAUGGAUCAUGGGAGGCAUCAAAGAGCAAAGCAAUCAUCACUAAGUACCUGAAGACUUCUGGGAACAUCCUGGGCAGCACUGAGCUCAACAGUAUUGACUCCAACCUGUGUUCAUUAGACACAAGCACAAUGAAGACUAUCACCCCAGACAGUAUCAGAAAUGCCAACCCUCUGAAUGUGGCGUCAUGUUCAUCUGAGCAGAAGAGAGUCUUGUAUGAGAUCAGUAACGCUUCCUUCAGCUCGCAACGUGCCACUCCCGCCUCCUUUUACAAUUUGAUUAAGCCCUAUAUAGGUGGAGCACCUCAUUCAGAUAUAGAAACACUGUCAACCCAGAACAUCAACAUGGACAUAGAUGUUUUCCGGAACCUGCAAUCUAACGUCAUCGCUGACUUGACCGUGACCAAUGUCCAAGGCCUCAUGGGUAACCAACUACGAGAUCUGAAGUUGUUUGAGAACGACCCUGUGAUUCAGACCUGGGUGAACAGGCAGCUGCAGUCAGACCUUGACAAGCUGGCUCUGAACCUAACCACCAACAGACCUGACCUGACCACUGCACCACCCAGCACAAAUGAUGCUACAGCAUCAGAAACACAAGCGGUAACCACAAGUCGGGGAACACGGCUUGCAAAACUCCAAACAUCAAUAUUCCUGGCUGCUGUGCUGAAAACUGUGCUGCAAAUUCUACAACAGCUAGCCUAAAUAAAUGUGUGACUUCACUAUCCUAAUCAAUAAUCAAUAAUUAUUCCGUAAAUUUUUCAGUAAUGCUCACAUCUUGAGUGUGAUUCAUUGAUGUUAUUGUUAAUGUUAUUUAUUCACGCCUAAAGAAAAUUGCUUUAUUGCAACUGCUAC